AGGUGACUGCCUGUGUGUGGCAUCCCAACAGGGACUGCAGUUCCAGCUUCAUGCAGAGAAGCCCAUGGCGUAUCCCCAAAGACACCACCUCCUUGGGGACUGCAAUUGCAACACUGAGGAGGUGACAUCAUGUCACUUCUUGUCCCUUGGAAACUGAAAGCAGCUCUCCGGCCACUUCCUUUCUCUGCUGCAGUCUCACUGUCACAAGCUGCUCCUGCCUCAUGGCAUCAAUGGCGGUGGACCUCAUCCUGGGUGAGUGACCAUGGGGAUGUGUUGCCAUGGGGGUUGGUGGCCCUGAUUGGGACCAGGACCGUUUCCCUUGCAGGUUGGUGGCUGGUGGCAGCGAGCAGGGCACAGCAAUUGCCCCAACACUCCCUGUCGCUGCACCCCAGCCAGGGGGUGUCCCUGGGGGACACUGUCACCCUGCGCUGCCACCUGCCCCAGCCAGCUGCCUGGGUCGAGCUGUACCAGGAUGGACAGUGGAGAUCCAUCAAGGAAAUGGACCAGGAGCAGGAAAUGGCUGAGUUCUCCUUGGCUGGCAUAAAGAGGGAAGAUUCGGGGACAUAUCAGUGCCAGUACCAGGGGUUGGAGCCUGCAGGGAGAUCAAAGCAGAGUGACCCCGUGGAGCUGUUGGUGACAGAUCACAGCUAUCCCCCACCUGGCAUUUCCCUGAGCCCCAAAGAACAUGUGGAGAUGGGGAGCAACAUCACCAUCCAGUGCUGGAACAAGAAGUAUGGGGCCGCCUUCCUCCUGCACAAGGAUGGGCACUCAGCCCCUAUCCAGCAGCAGGACCCCGAUGAUGGGGGCACUGCCACCUUCACCCUCUUCGGGGUAAACACAGCUGACUCCAGCACCUAUAGGUGCUCCUACCGCAUCGGGGGCUCCUACCUUCUGUUCUCACCCCUUGGGGAUAAUGUGACCCUGGAAGUGAUUCCCAGACCUGCACCCCCAGGUGUCAAUGGGGGUCCCAGCAGGAAACUGGUGGCAGCAGUGUCGGGGGCCUGUGUUGCUGCCAUUGUCAUCAUCAUCGUCCUCACUGCCUCUUUGCUCCUUGUUGCCCAGAGAAGACAAAUGCAGACUGAUUUGAGGCCUGGUGCCACCUCCAGAAGCCCUGAGGCCAUGCAGUUCCAGGUGUCCCCCGGCGACAGCGAGGGUCUGACCUACGCCCAGCUGCAAGCUGUGACCCCCAGCACCCACCCCCCCAACUCUUCUACCACCCCUGAACCCCCCAUUAUCUACGCUGAGGUGGGCACGCGGGGACCCUGCUGAUGCCCCCAGAUGUGUACGCAAACACGGGUGUGUUGUGCGCACACAUGGACUUCAAGGGUGCACAGUGCCAGUGUGCUCGGUGUGCUCACCAUCACGUGUGAAUUACAGCCAUGUAGCUGUGCGUGUGAACACGUGGAUGUGUAUUAAACGGGUGUGCACCAUCCCAUGUGUACAACAGGUGUACAAACACACGUGUGGGACACGCUGAA